AUGGUGAAGCACCGCGUGGAGAACACCUACUGCCUGGAGCCGCCAGAGCGGUUUCAGGUCUUGCGCGUGCGGGAGCUGGUGGAGCGCCGCCUGGCGGAGACGUUGCAAGGCGUGCAGUACGACCCGGAGCGGUGCCGUGGCCUGGCCGUCACGUUAGCCGACUUCAUACGCAAGGAUAUCAUGGAUGAGGGCCUGCUAAGCACCAGGGACAACUUCGCCACGGCCACGUACGAGAACCAGUCGCUAGUAGCUGUGGCCACAAUCUUCGCCCUGUACUAUGAGUAG